AACAAAUAAAGAUUAUGUAUUUCGAAAUAGUUUUAAAUUUCAGUAAUACACAGCACACAAAAUUUAUAAACUUAAUAUUUAAUUAUUUAUAAACAAUCUUUGAGACUGUUGUUGAAUUAGAUAAAAUUAUGUAAGAAUGUUCCAUUGUAAGGUUAUGAAACAUUUUUAAAUUACUCUGAUACAUUGACAAUCUUUUCUUUCAUGAUUAUUUAUCAUAAUUAAAUGAAAUAUAUCGCAUACUUACUAUACUUAAGGAGUCUUUUAUUUAAGGUACUUUUCUGACACAACUUAGCAAGAUUCUCGCGAAGAAAUAAAUUAAACAUAUUAAGCAUUUUAUAAAAAAGCUUUGAAUCACAUUUUAAUGUCUUCUUAUAAUUCAAAUAAGUAAUAUAAUUUAUUAAAAAAAAUAAAUAUAUAUAUAAUAAAAAUAAAUAAAUAAUUGUUAAAAUAUUAAAUUAUUGGAAGUAAUUAUGUUGUGCAUUACUGUGAAAUUGGACAAGGAAACAAUUGCAUAAGUUUGUUUAUAAUGUUUUGUCAAUGUUUCUAUAAUAUAGACAAAUUAGAAUUUUAUAAUAUUUUAUUAUACGUAAUGUUUCAAAAUAUUUAUAUAUAUUAACAUUUAAUUAUUAUUAUAAAUAAUUCAUAAUUGAGAGAUUUUGUAACAUGUUUGAGAUAUUAAAAUUCAAUAUGGAUAAACUUAUACACACAUUUAUACAGAAUUUAGGUUUAAGAAUUGAAUCUCAUGCCUGCAAAAAGUUUAACAAUAUUUCAUAUAUAUCAAAUAUGAAUAAAUCUUAUAUAGCAAAGCAACUAUAUUCUGCAGAGGAAAUCAAAGAUAUUAAUAUACAGCAAGAUUUGGAUUUUUCUAGUGAAGAAAACAUAAAAUAUUUCAUGGAAAAGCAUGUUGAUCUCUUUGAUAAACUUACUUAUUUAAAUAAUGCACAAAUUUUAACCUCUCAUUUGAAGAAUAUUAAUACAAUGAUUCUUCAGAAAAUAAAGCUAAGAUGGAAAUACAAUGGAAGUAUAAAAAAGAGAGAAAUUAAAACAUGGAACAAAAUUGUAACUUAUAACAAGAAACUAAGAACAAAUUUAGCAAAUAAAUUGAGUGGGUCACAGGGCAAAUUAUUGUCCUCUUCAGGAUGCAAACGAAAAUAUGUAAAUUUCUCUAAUUAUAAAAGAUAUAAAUUUAAAAAGGCUGCUCUUGGAAAUUUUAAACUACUUUAUCAUAACACAACUAUAUCCAAUGAUCACAGAAGUGAUAACAUUUUAGAAACAGAUAACGAUACGAAAACAUCUUUUCUUAGGCACAGUUUACCAAACAUUAUGAUAAAUAUCACAAACAAGCAAAUAGAAAUGACUGAACAAUUUUUAUGGUUGCAUGUAAAAGAUGUAGAAUAUAUGAAAAGAAACAUACAAGUUACUCUUCAUAUCGCAAAGAAUUCAAAAUAUAAUCAUGAUACAAAGAACCAAAUAGAAUAUAAUCAAGUACUUUGUCAUCAUGCAAUUCUAUGUUUAAUUGAACCAAGUGAAAAGGGUGCUGUUUUAAUUGAAGAUAAUUUACCAAUUAUUGUUCAAAAAUAUCUCGUACAUGGUUAUAAAUACCAUUUUGAUUUUCAGAGGUAUUUUAUGAAAGACGAACAUAAUAUAUAA